AAGACACCCGAAAAGGCUUCACAGCGCAUUUAGACGCUGCUCUGCAACAAAGGGGUAUCAUAACCUUCAUAGAUGAUGAGCUUGAGAGAGGAGACGUUAUUUCCCUUCAGCUACUUCAAGCAAUCGAAGUGUUCUAUAAUAUUGAUCCGUCUGAUGUACGACAUCAAAGAGGAGCCUUUGCUUGAUGCCUUUCAAAAACAUAGUGAAAGAUUUCAUGAAGAUAAAGAGAAGGUGCAGAGAUGGAGAGAUGCUUUGAAAGAAGUUGCAAAUAUAUCUGGUUAUCACUCUAAAGAUCGGGCACUGAUUCAAUUGAAGUUAUGCAUCUUCACUUCCCUAUACAAUACAAAGCAAGUUGGGCUUCAAGAGCAUUCUCAAAGAUGUUUAAUCUGAGAAUACUAAUCAUAUCAUGUGAUGUGUGCCUUCCUCUUGACUUCAUAUCUCUUCCUAGUUCAUUAAAGAUUAUUAAAUGGGAGAAAUAUCCAUUGAAGUCGCUUCCACUUGGAUCUCAAUUGAAUGAACUUGCUUAGCUUGAAAUGCACUGGAGUAAGAUCAUACAACCUUGAUGUGCAGCACAGCUCUACAAAAUCUUGAGAGACUACUACUUGAAGGUUGUAUAAAACUCGUGAAGGUUCAUACAUCACUUGGGCAACAUAAGAAAAUUGUCAUAGUGAAUUUGACAGCUUGCAUAAAUCUUAAAUCUCUUCCUAGUAGACUGGAUAUGGAUUCCUUAGAGAAACUGAUUCUUUCAGGCUGCUCAAAAUUGAAAAAGCUUCCCGAGUUUGGAGAAAACAUAAAAUAUUUAUCAAAGAUUGAUUUGAAGGAUUGCAAAACUCUUGGAUGGCUUCCAUGUUCUAUUGGUAACCUAAAAUCUCUUGUGACUCUCAACAUAUUUGGUUGCUCAAAAUUAUUAUCACUGCCAGACAAUUUGGAGGAAAAUGAGAGUAUAGAGGUGCUUGAUAUAAGUGGAACUGGUAUAAGAAAAAUACCUUCAUCUAUCAACAGUCUAAGAGAUUUAAGAAAAUUAUAUGCAAAUGGAUGUUUGUGGUCUACAUUAGGCUCAUCAUCAAAUUUACUUUCCCGAGCUCUAAAGGCAUUUAGGUUCACUAGUUAUGAAGCUCCCAUAAGUUUCACAUUGCCUCCUUCUAUCUCAAGUUUAUCCUCAUUGAAGGAAUUGAAGUUAACAAACUUCACUCUUAACUUAAGAUUGAUUCCAAACGAUCUUGGCUGCUUACCAUCUUUGGAGGUUCCUGAUCUCAGUGGAAAUGAUUUUAGCAACCUACCUUCAGGAAGUUGCAUUCUUCCUUCUUCUUUCUCAAGUUUGUCUUCAUUGAGGGAAUUGAAUUUGAAUAACUGUAAUCUUUGUGAUGGUUCAAUUCCUAAUGAUCUUAGUCCCUUGUCAUCCUUGAAACUAUUACGUCCAUCAGGAAACAAUUUUACUAACCUACCAUCUGCUUUUGUCUCUAAUCUCUUGGCUCUAGAAAUUCUUUGCUUGAAUCAUUUCAAUAAGCUUUUAUCUCUACUAGAUGUCCCACCACAUAUGGAAUUUAUAAAUGCCAUUUGUUGUCAUCCCUCAAUGAAAAUCCCAUCCAUUCCGGAGGUGGUAUGGAGAUUCUUUUCGUCACCUAACUUUCAACCAAACUGGCUAGCCAAAAAGAGACCAUUUUCCUUGUAUGUUCCAAGGAGUGAAAUCCCAUCAUGGUUCCAUAAUCAAAAUCUUGAUCUUCUUGACAGUGAGAAAACGUGCAUAAAAGUAGACAUCUCUCAUUUUCAUGAUUCAAGUGAAAUGUGGGGAAUUGAUACAAGACAUGGCACCAAUCAAUUCUGGAAAACCAGAUAGUUCCAUUACUGUUUCUCAUUCUUCAAAAUAUGAGUUAGAUGAUCCUGAUGGAAUUCAACACUCAUUUUGGCUUGAUCUGAAAGACAACAACCCUCAUAUGUUUAUUUUGAUUUUGCCUCCCUAUUACUUGAGAAAUGCUUGCAACCAAGUUCAUUUAUGGUUUGAAGCUACAAAUUUGAGUCAACAUUUACUUUUAAUAAGGAAGUGUGGGUGGUGAUUGACAUGCAAAGAACAAGUUGAAGAGUGCAUGCAACUCCAAAUACCAUGAAGAUGGUUGAGAGAAGAUGCCAUUGACACAGAAUCAUGAACUCAAAACUACUUCUCAUCGUUAGUGGAAUCAGUGAAGGUUCUUCUCUGUUUUUCCUCAUUGUUGCCGUGUCAGGGGAGGAGAUUGAAUUGGCUGCUGGUCGAAAAAUUGAAGCUUUUAGGAUUCUUUUUAUAGAUAGUAGAACUUUUCAUGACCCAUCAUCAACACCUUAUGGUAGAUUUCCUUACUGUUUUGGAGCCGCAGUAGCGGAGUGAGCCAAGUUUUGAUUUAACUAUAGAUGUCUUGUCCACAUUGCCCAUGGAAUUUCAUACUGAUGGAGCCCAGACCCAAAUGGCACUGAAUAUGUGGCUCAACAAGACAGAAACAGCAACAAAAGUCAGAUCAGGCACAGUGGAAAUAAGCUAAGAAACAAAGCUAAGCUCACACUCUAACAAGGCCUAUGAAUAGAUUACACUUUCGAAGCAUAAAGGAAAAUGAUGAAGAAAGAUGAACAUCCUUCAACCCCAACCUGGUGUUCAAGAGACCAGGGAACCUGAUGUGGUUGAUUAUAAGUUGGGGUGCGAUGAACUGUUGAAGGACUAUAAGGUGCUGCUUGAAUUAGAUUUGUCAUUUUCAAAUGAUGUUGUUAGGACCUUUUAUUUCAAUUUAAAAUGGAAUAAAUAUAGGCAGAGCAAUUCUGUUAGAA